AGUGCAUCACCGCAGGCGGGCCUCGCGGGUCCGGGAGCGCGGCGGAGACGAUGCCUGAGAUCAGAGUCACGCCCUUGGGGGCCGGCCAGGACGUGGGCCGAAGCUGCAUCCUGGUCUCCAUUGCGGGCAAGAAUGUCAUGCUGGACUGUGGAAUGCACAUGGGCUUCAAUGACGACCGACGCUUCCCUGACUUCUCCUACAUCACCCAGAACGGCCGCCUAACAGACUUCCUGGACUGCGUGAUCAUUAGCCACUUCCACCUGGACCACUGCGGGGCACUCCCCUACUUCAGCGAGAUGGUGGGCUACGACGGGCCCAUCUACAUGACUCACCCCACCCAGGCCAUCUGCCCCAUCUUGCUGGAGGACUACCGCAAGAUCGCCGUAGACAAGAAGGGCGAGGCCAACUUCUUCACCUCCCAGAUGAUCAAAGACUGCAUGAAGAAGGUGGUGGCUGUCCACCUCCACCAGACGGUCCAGGUAGAUGAUGAGCUGGAGAUCAAGGCCUACUAUGCAGGCCACGUGCUGGGGGCAGCCAUGUUCCAGAUUAAAGUGGGCUCAGAGUCUGUGGUCUACACGGGUGAUUAUAACAUGACCCCAGACCGACACUUAGGAGCUGCCUGGAUUGACAAGUGCCGCCCCAACCUGCUCAUCACAGAGUCCACGUACGCCACGACCAUCCGUGACUCCAAGCGCUGCCGGGAGCGAGACUUCCUGAAGAAAGUCCACGAGACCGUGGAGCGUGGUGGGAAGGUGCUGAUACCUGUGUUCGCGCUGGGCCGCGCCCAGGAGCUCUGCAUCCUCCUGGAGACCUUCUGGGAGCGCAUGAACCUGAAGGUGCCCAUCUACUUCUCCACGGGGCUGACCGAGAAGGCCAACCACUACUACAAGCUGUUCAUCCCCUGGACCAACCAGAAGAUCCGCAAGACUUUCGUGCAGAGGAACAUGUUUGAGUUCAAGCACAUCAAGGCCUUCGACCGGGCUUUUGCUGACAACCCAGGACCGAUGGUUGUGUUUGCCACGCCAGGAAUGCUGCACGCUGGGCAGUCCCUGCAGAUCUUCCGGAAAUGGGCCGGAAACGAAAAGAACAUGGUCAUCAUGCCCGGCUACUGCGUGCAGGGCACCGUCGGCCACAAGAUCCUCAGCGGGCAGCGGAAGCUCGAGAUGGAGGGGCGGCAGGUGCUGGAGGUCAAGAUGCAGGUGGAGUACAUGUCAUUCAGCGCACACGCGGACGCCAAGGGCAUCAUGCAGCUGGUGGGCCAGGCAGAGCCGGAGAGCGUGCUGCUGGUGCAUGGCGAGGCCAAGAAGAUGGAGUUCCUGAAGCAGAAGAUCGAGCAGGAGCUCCGGGUCAGCUGCUACAUGCCGGCCAAUGGCGAGACGGUGACGCUGCCCACAAGCCCCAGCAUCCCCGUAGGCAUCUCGCUGGGGCUGCUGAAGCGGGAGAUGGCGCAGGGGCUGCUCCCUGAGGCCAAGAAGCCUCGGCUCCUGCACGGCACCCUGAUCAUGAAGGACAGCAACUUCCGGCUGGUGUCCUCAGAGCAAGCCCUCAAAGAGCUGGGUCUGGCUGAGCACCAGCUGCGCUUCACCUGCCGCGUGCACCUGCAUGACACACGCAAGGAGCAGGAGACGGCAUUGCGCGUCUACAGCCACCUCAAGAGCGUCCUGAAGGACCACUGCGUGCAGCACCUCCCAGAUGGCUCUGUGACUGUGGAGUCCGUCCUCCUCCAGGCCGCCGCCCCUUCUGAGGACCCAGGCACCAAGGUGCUGCUGGUCUCCUGGACCUACCAGGACGAGGAGCUGGGGAGCUUCCUCACAUCUCUGCUGAAGAAGGGCCUCCCCCAGGCCCCCAGCUGAGGCCGGCAACUCACCCAGCCACCACCUCUGCCCUCUCCCAGCUGGACAGACCUGGGCCUGCACUUCAGGACUGUGGGUGCCCUGGGUGAACAGACCGUGCAGGUCCCAUCCCUGGGGACAGAGGCCUUGUGUCACGUGCCUGCCCAGGCAGCUGUUUCCAGCUGAAGAAACAAACUGGUCUCCAGGCUGUCUUGCCUUUAUUCCUGGUUAGGACAGGUGGUCCUAGACAACAGUUUCCAGUAAAACCUGAACAAAA